AUGCAAUUAGAAAGAGGACUGACGUCAAAGUAUACAUACAUCACAUAUGUGAUUGUAGCUUAUUGGAUAGUAUCGAUUUUGACUGUAUUUAUGAAUAAAGCACUCCUGUCCAGUGACACUGUGAAUUUGAAUGCUCCUUUAUUUGUAACUUGGUUUCAGUGUAUAGUGAGUGUAGCUAUCUGUAUUACUUUACGCAUAAUAUCUCAAUGGUUUCCAGACUGCAUUGAAAUUGCAAAUAGUAGCCCAUUUAAAAAGGAUACUUUGAAAAAGAUACUACCGUUAUCAAUUCUGUUUACUGCAAUGAUAGCAACUAAUAACUUAUGCUUAAAAUACGUUGGUGUUGCAUUUUACUAUGUGGGUCGUUCGCUAACGACGGUAUUCAAUGUCAUAUUUACUUAUACUUUACUGGGACAAACGACGUCUUUCAAAUGCAUAGCAUGCUGCGCAGUAAUUAUUGUUGGGUUCUGGUUAGGGGUAGAUCAGGAGCAUGUAGCAGGUUCUCUAUCUAUUCUUGGGACACUUUUCGGCGUGCUUGGAUCGUUGUCGUUAUCCUUAUAUUCUAUCCGUAUGAAACAGACGCUCCCGAUUGUAAAUCAAGAUAUCUGGUUACUCUCAUAUUAUAACAAUGUGUAUAGCAUUGUCAUCUUCAUCCCGUUAAUGAUAAUUAGCGGGGAACAUACAACUGUAUAUAAUUAUGAGAAGCUUGGACAUCCUCUUUUCUGGGGUGCCAUGACAAUAGGUGGUAUAUUUGGCUUUGCCAUUGGAUAUUUCACUGCCCUUCAGAUCAAAGUCACGUCUCCAUUAACGCAUAAUGUUAGCGGUACCGCAAAAGCAUGCGCUCAAACGGUUUUAGCGACUUAUUGGUUUAACGAAGAGAAAUCGUUUCUCUGGUGGAUAAGCAAUAUCGUUGUCCUUACUGCCAGUGCGUUUUAUGCGAGGAUUAGGCAACUAGAAUUGAAUAAAGAGUACAGAAUCGAAACGCGACAGUUUAAAGUAUAA